CGCGAGGCCCCGCCCCGUCUGGGCACCUGAAGUCCUCUGGGGCGGAGGAGGGCGGGAGAGCUGAGUCGCUCUCAGCAUCUGCUUAGAGCCUGUGGAGCUCAGUUUCGGCGCUGUGGAGUCGCAUGGUCUCUCUCCUCCGCUCGAAUAAGAAUAAAAGAAUCUGGAAAAGUUGGAGAAGAUAAAGUAUAUUCAGUCCCCAAGCCAGGAGAUCGACAAAAUAGGAAAUGCACAAUUUUGAGGAUGAGUUAACGUGUCCCAUUUGUUACAGUAUUUUUGAAGAUCCUCGUGUACUACCAUGCUCUCAUACAUUUUGUAGAAAUUGUUUGGAAAACGUUCUUCAGGCAUCUGGUAACUUUUAUAUAUGGAGACCUUUACGAAUUCCACUCAAGUGCCCUAACUGCAGAAGUAUUAUUGAAAUUGCUCCAACUGGUAUUGAAUCUUUACCUGUUAAUUUUGCAUUAAGGGCUAUUAUUGAAAAGUACCAGCAAGAAGACCAUCCAGAUAUUGUCACCUGCCCUGAACAUUAUAGGCAACCAUUAAAUGUUUAUUGCCUACUAGAUAAAAAAUUAGUUUGUGGUCAUUGCCUUACCAUUGGUCAACACCAUGGUCAUCCUAUAGAUGACCUUCAAAGUGCCUAUCUGAAAGAAAAGGACACUCCACAAAAACUGCUUGAACAGUUAACUGACACACAUUGGACAGAUCUUACUCGUCUUAUUGAAAAGCUGGAAGAGCAAAAAUCUCAUUCUGAGAAAAUGGUCCAAGGUGAUAAGGAAGUUGUUCUCCAGUAUUUUAAGGAGCUUAGUGAUACAUUAGAACAGAAAAAAAAAUUUUUCCUAACAGCUCUCUGUGAUGUUGGCAAUCUGAUUAAUCAAGAAUAUACUCCACAAAUUGAAAGAAUGAAAGAAAUGAGAGAGCAGCAGCUUGAACUAAUGACACUGACAACAUCUUUACAAGAAGAGUCUCCACUUAAAUUUCUUGAAAAAGUUGAUGAGGUCCGCCAACGUGUGCAAAUCUUAAAACAAAGACCACUUCCUGAAGUCCAACCUGUUGAAAUUUAUCCUCGAGUAAGCAAAGUAUUAAAAGAAGAAUGGAACAGAACAGAAAUUGGACAAAUUAAGAAAGUGCUCAUUCCUGAAAUGAAAAUUUCUUCAAAAAGGAUGCCAUGUUCCUGGCCUGAUAAGGAUGAAAAAGAAGUUGAAUUUUUUAAAAUUUUAAACAUUGUUAUAGUUACACUGAUUUCAGUGAUACUGAUGUUAAUACUCUUUUUCAACCAACACAUAAUAACCUUUUUAAAUGAAAUCACUUCAAUAUGUUUUUCUGAAGUCUCUCUAUCUGUUUACCAAAGUUUAUCUAACAAUGUGCAUGAUUUAAAGAAUAUACUAUGUCAUACUUUAUAUCUAUUGAAGGAAUUUAUGUGGAAAAUAGUUUCUCAUUGAGAACUUACCAUCUGAAUUAUUUAAAUGGGCUUAUUCUGUAUAGCAGAGACUAACCAUUGCUAAGUGGAGAAAUAGGGGUAGCAUGGACAGAUAAGCAAACUAGAGCUUAACUCUGUAUGGCAGAGACUAACCAUUGCUAUAUGGACAAAUAGGGGUAGCAUAGACAAGUAGUAGCAUACUAAGCUUUAUUAGAGUUGUAACAUAAUAUAUGGAAAGUUAUAUGGUUUAUACUUUCUGUAGGUUAGAAAUAUGUCAAAAUUAGAAACAAGGCAGUGUCUGAAAUAUUCAAAUCAUUAUUAGAAAACAAAAUCUGCUAAUUACUUGAAUAUUAAUGUAUUAUCCCAUUUUUAUUGGCUUCAUGGAGGUUGACUUAUGUUGCUGUGACAUCUAAACAUUCUUGUACCAAUAUUUUACCAUUAUUAUGUACUGCAGUAGGUUGGCUUUGGAGUUCUUUAUGUAGUUUUUAGGUUAAAAGAUGGUAAAAUGCUGAAAGUGCGUAUGCCUUUGACGUUGCUUGAAGCUUUUGAACGGGUGAAAAAGGAUGGUAAGAGAGGUUUUAAAAUCAAGCAGCAGAGCCUAAACAUGAUAAGGCAUUAUUUAUUCAAAGAUCUUUUGAUCAAAUAUACCUGGACCAUAUUAGAUAGAUUCAAGAGCCCUAAAAUGUUUAUCAACAUUCAUUCAAAUGAAGUGAUUGCUUUUGGAUAACAUGUUAGGGAACAGUGGCAUUUUCUAAUACUUGUCAUAGUCAAUGAUUUGUGUAAAUUGAUUUUAAGAUUGUAUUGUCCUAUCAGUUUUUGGGGAAAAAAACCCAAACAUACUUGAACAGAGUCAUUAUUGAUGACAUAUUCUACUCUCGACAGGUUUUGAUGGCAUUAUGUGAACUUUAGUCGUCUUAAAAACUUAAAUUAUCUGCCAAAUUCCCUCAUGCUAAUGUGGAAGUACCAGCAAUUUAAUCUUACAUUUCUUGAAUUUAAGAACUUAAGUCAAAAUUCUUUAGUUCCCUUUUUAUUCUUUUUUGUUUUUAAAUUGUAUUUUAGCGUAUUAUGGGGGUACAAGUGUUAAGGUUACUAACAUAUAUUGCCCAUGCCCCACUCUCCCCUUGAGUAAGAGCUUCAAGCGUGUUUUAGUUCCCUUCUUAACAGAGAUUGGAGUUCUGAUACUUGUGGGUUUGGCCCAUUCCAUUGUCCAUGCAACCCCAAGUAUAAACUGACUUGCUUUCCAGAAAUCUCAAUUGGGCUGCUCUUGAAUCACCAUCAAAAAGACUUUCUAGGUCAGAUUAGGGAAUGCUCCUGGACCUACAGUAAGUAAACCAUCAUGAAUAAAUAUAGUUGUAUUUAGGGGGAACUAGUUCUAAAACUCUCCUAUAAUCUUAUCUGCUGAGAGUUAAGUCUUAAUUGUCAAUUUAUGAUUAGAAUUAGACUACCUAGCACAAUUAACUAUUAUAUGGACAAAGAACAAUAGAAGGGUGUACUGGAGGUGAAGAGAGAUAUAUUCAGCUAUUAAAAUAGAAAUAAAAUUAACUUUUGACUGGUUAGUGAUUUAAUUUACUUAAAAUAUUUGUCACACCAGGAAAGUACCCUGUACUUUUGAAUAAGUGUAAAUAUUAGUAAGCACUGAAAUGUCUGUUAGCUAUUAUCUGUCAAGCACUUAAUCUCACAUAUCUGUUGUAUUUUUAACCCCAUUUUUUGUAGAAGAGGAAACAAAAAAGUAAUUUGCCCAAGGCCAUACACUAGUAUGUGGGAGAGCCCAUGCAUUCUUUUUUUCCAAGGUAAAAAAACAGUUUACUUCACCUUAUACUACUUACAAGGGGCAUGAUUAUCAGAACUUUUUGAAUACAUGGGCAAGGUUUUUCACAUUUGAAUAGAGCAUUUACUGUGCAAUAACAAGUAUGCCAGUUUUUAAUUUUUAUUUCAGGAUAUUAUGAGAGCACAAACAUUUUAUGUCUGCUUCACCCAAGCGAGGAUUAGAGGCAUGCCCUUCCCCUCUAUAAUGUUCACCUUGUCCAUUAGUUGUGAGUUUACCCCCUACAACCCCUUAAUCCCUGGAGAAUAUUACUACUUUCUUUUCAGAGUUCAUGCUGUCACACUGCCUUUAAAGGAUCUAAGUAGGCCAAGAUUAAUAUUCAUAAAUUAAGGUUUAUAAUUUGUAUUCAGAAUCAAGCAUACACCUAUUAACACCAUUUUAGGCUUGACAUUAAUAUUUUGUAACUUGCCAGUUUUUAGUAAACAAAACUUUUAUUUUUUGAUAAGUUUUAUGAAGUAUGCAUUAAUAAAGUAUCCAAGUAACUGAUUCUUAUACAUGCUGUUCUUUUGUAUUUUUGCCAAAGGAUGAGAUUAUACAGUUUAAAAUAUAUAAUCUUGAACU